CUGCCAGCGAGUGCUUACUUUCUGUUUACCGACCUUUGCAAAAAACACAACUCUAAACAAAACUGUCCUGGAGAAUUUGUGACCUCUGCUCGCAUCUUGCCCCACAGAACACUGGAAAAGCUGGAUAUCGUGAUAGAGCAGAUGUACAGUAAGACACAGAGGGCUUCUGUGUACUUUGAGUCACCACAUUGUUCAUCCCUGAAGAGGCAAGAAAGCAUUCGAGCUCCAAUCAUGAACGGGCCCAUGCACCCCCGCCCCCUGGUGGCGCUGCUGGAUGGCCGGGACUGCACGGUGGAGAUGCCCGUUCUCAAAGACGUGGCCACCGUGGCAUUCUGUGAUGCACAAUCCACGCAGGAAAUCCAUGAAAAGGUACUGAAUGAAGCAGUGGGGGCUUUAAUGUAUCACACCAUCACAUUAACACGGGAAGACUUGGAAAAAUUCAAAGCACUUAGAAUAAUAGUCCGAAUCGGCAGUGGGUUUGAUAACAUCGACAUCAAGUCUGCUGGAGACUUAGGGAUCGCGGUGUGCAACAUGCCCUCUGCUUCAGUGGAGGAGACGGCUGACUCGACAACGUGUCACAUCCUGAACCUGUACAGACGGACCACCUGGCUGCACCAGGCCCUGCGGGAGGGCACACGGGUGCAGAGUGUGGAGCAGAUCCGGGAGGUAGCGUCGGGGGCUGCGCGCAUUCGAGGAGAGACACUCGGGAUCAUCGGCCUCGGCCGUGUCGGGCAGGCGGUCGCAAUGAGAGCCAAAGCGUUUGGCUUCAACGUGAUCUUCUACGACCCGUACCUCUCCGAUGGCAUGGAGCGGGCGCUGGGCCUCCAGCGAGUCAACACCUUGCAGGACCUGCUGUUUCACAGCGACUGCGUGACGCUGCACUGCAGUCUGAAUGAGCACAACCACCACCUCAUCAACGACUUCACCAUCAAACAGAUGCGGCAGGGUGCGUUCCUGGUGAACACAGCUCGCGGAGGACUGGUCGAUGAGAAGGCUCUGGCUCAGGCCCUGAAGGAAGGGAGGAUACGAGGGGCAGCGCUAGAUGUCCAUGAAAUGGAGCCCUUCAGUUUUAGUCAAGGUCCUCUGAAGGACGCUCCGAAUCUGAUCUGCACUCCCCACGCAGCAUGGUACAGUGAACAAGCCUCCAUCGAAAUGAGGGAAGAGGCAGCGAGGGAGAUCCGCAGGGCUGUUACAGGUCGCAUUCCAGACAGCCUGAAAAACUGUGUCAAUAAAGACUUUCUGACUCAAGCCACACACUGGGCCAGCAUGGAUCCUGCAGUUGUACACCCAGAGCUCAAUGGAGCAUACAGGUACCCUCCCGGUGUUGUGAGUCUGGCCCCCGCCAGUCUCCGCCCAGCUGUAGAAGGAAUCGUCCCCAGCGCCAUGCCUUUAUCACACGGCCUUCCCACCGUAGCCCACCCCCCACAUGCCCCUUCCCCGGGCCAGAUCGGAAAGCCAGAAGCCAACAGAGAGCAGCACCCCAGCGACAAAUUGUAGCCCACAAAGCCAGCAGUCAAAGCCUGGAACUCCCCCAUUGGAGAGACAGUGGGAACAACCUGGAUUGCAAAACAGCAGUGGUGAAAGAAUGAACUUGUGGGAGAUGAUUAUAAUAACAUGAAGACAGGUUUUAGGGGAGAAAAAGAAGAUUUGGAAAAUAAAUACAAAUUUCUUUUUAAAAAUUACAAGAUAUUUUCCUGCAUACAAAUUAUAGUUUGUCCCUGUCCAGUGGACUGAUUUUAACUGUUUGUUUGUGUCCUAUUGGUUCCUUGUUAAGCAAGAGACGUUAUAGUAGUUAAUUAUAUAAUGGAUGUAAUAUGUCUGUGUACAGUUUUUAGAACAUUAUAAGGGUUUGUUUGCAUAGCGGUCAAACAGAAAAAAGAGUUAUUUAAUAAACUCAUUUUAAGGACAGCAACAAAAACUAAUCUUGAUUUUAUAUGUUGAAAAACACGCUCAAAAAGGCAGUUUUGCAAACUCUCAGGAAAAACAAAGUUGUUCCCACUUAAUUUUCUUUAUAUGCCACACAGUGCAUUGUUUUUGUACCUGCUUAUCUCUUGUUUUUGCUUUUAAAUCAUUUAGACAUGGGGAAAAUGAAUGUUGCGUUUUUUUGGCAUGUAUUACCUCAAUUUCAAUCUUUAGAACAAAGGUGUUACAAAAGAGAUUUUGGGGGACAAGAUGUCUCGUACAAACCUGGCGCCACGCUUCUCUCACCUGUUUCCGUGUACAUCUUUGGUAAUGCGUAAAAAACAGCACUAGACUACUGGAAGGUAGCAGCAUUUCAUUGCAGACAUCAGCUCCCUCCUGGUAGAAGUUGUAGGCUAUAUAU